UCAUCCCAAACACAGCUAGCCUUCUUGGAUCAUCUUCUCCGUCGAUCAGCUAGCUAGUCAGUCCAUCGGCAAUGGCAAUCACCAAAGCUCUCUUCCAGCUGAUCAUGGUGACAGCGUCGGCGCUAUUCAGUAUGGCGCUCGGCGCGAGCUACACGGUGGGCGCUCCGGCGGGGUCAUGGGACCUCAAGACCAACUACACCCAAUGGACCUCCACCCGCCGCUUCUUCCCCGGCGACAGCCUCCGCUUCCAGUAUCCUACCGCAACCCACAACAUAUUAGAGGUCACCAAGACCGCCUACUACACCUGCAACACCUCUGUUUCCAACGCUGUCAUUGCGACAUACCAGACGGGCAACGAUGUUAUCACGUUUGCGGCCUCAGGAGUUACAAGGUACUUCGUGUGCGGCUUCCCCGGGCACUGCGCUGUGGGGAUGAAACUGAGGGUGAAUGUCGGCGCACAGUCGCCGGCGCCGGUGCAGUGCCGGGGGCGAGGGCGAGGGGCCAAGCGGAUCAGGUGCACCCGGCCGGCGCCGGCUUCUCCGGCGGCGAGCUCGGCAAUUGGCGGUGGUGCUGACCGGUCAAGCCUCUGGUUGGCCGCCGUCGUGGCUGCGGGUUCCUUGCUCCUCUGUUUCUAGAGUCAAGGACUUUGAUGGCAGGCGUGUGUGUGUGCAUGCUGGCGUCAUUCUUUUUUUCUGUUCGUUUCUUAUAAUUUGUGAGACAUGAUCGGCCGUGUGUCCUUGUUUCUUAUAUUCGCUUGUAAUAUUUGUACAAA